AAUAAAGAUGGCUGCCUUGAUGAGAAAUUCCGGCACGUGUGCUUUAAAACUAUCAAAUAUAGAGCUUAUGGUUAAAUUAGGAAGUGUUCCUACACGUUUGGCCAAUGUAAGAUGCAAGAGCUAUAUUAGUGCAAGAAAAUCAUCGAGAUUCAUUGGCACACAAACGCUUUGUGAGGGUAAAAAGGCAACCUUAGCUCAAUGUCGAUUACAUCAUGUUUGUCGGUCAGCGGAGAUGCACACCUACAGAAAUGUAUUGUCAUCACACAGAAGUUCUACUUUUUCUUCGAGCAUUAUGCGUCAUGGGAGAACUUCGUGUUUUCAGCAUAGGUAUUUUUGCAGCAGUGCAGACCCUGAUGAGAAGGAAAUAUACCAGGAAGAGGAAAUUCCGAACAAGGCCCCAUUACGAGCACUGGCACCUAUCGUGAUACCAGACAUAUAUCCGAAAGUUCCCGUCAUAGCCGUUAGUCGACAACCUGUGUUUCCACGAUUUGUGAAAUUGAUUGAAAUUAAGGAUGAUGAGCUUAAACAAAUUAUAAGACGGAAACUUAGAUUGAACCAACCAUAUGCAGGAGUGUUUCUGAAAAAGGAUGACAACAAUGAAGAUGAUGUGGUCAAGGACCUGGAUGACCUUCACUCAAUAGGAACAUUUGUACAGAUAACAAGUGUCCAGGAGUUUGAAGGCAAACUUAGACUAAUGCUUCUUGCUCACAGAAGAAUCAAGAUAACAGCAUUAGCUUCAGACAGUAUUGAGGAGGACAAAAAGGAGUCAGCCAACUAUGAAGUAAUAUCCAAAAACAAAAGCAAUGGAAAUAGGAGACAAGAAAGGAGGAGGAGAAAGAAAAAUGCGGAAGCAGAAGAAGUUACAGCAGCAACAGAUAUAGAGGUCAGCACAAACGACAUUGAGGUGGAACUUGCAGAUGAUGCUUCACCUUUAUCAGAAGAUGCCACACCGUUAUCUGAUGCCGCCAUGCCAAUUUCUGAUGAUGCAAUGCCUGUUGAUGAUGAUACAUCCACUCCUAAUGUGGUCUCACCAAAUUCUUUCAAUAAAAUGAAUGAGGAUGAUGUGAAAGUGGUAGGGUCUGGGACAUCAGAGCGAGUAAUUUUCGUGGAAGUGGAAAAUAUUGAACAUGAGCCGUUCUCCCGCAAUGAUGAAGUUAAGGCAGUUACAUCUGAGAUUGUGAAAACAAUACAAGAUGUCAUCAGCAUGAAUCCUGUUUAUAGAGAAGCAUUGGCGCAGCUUUUGCAGUCGGACACACGAGUGAUAGACAACCCUGUGUACCUGUCUGAUCUAGGUUGUGCAAUGACUGGAGCAGAUUCGGCAGAUUUACAGACCGUAAUGGAGGAAACUGAUAUAUUAAAACGGCUACAUUUGACCCUGUCAUUGCUGAAGAAAGAAUUACAGAUGAUUAAAUUGCAGAAAAGUAUUCGUGAACAGGUGGAGGAGAAGGUGAGGAAACAACACAUGGAAUAUAUGCUGAGGGAACAACUGAAGCAUAUAAAGAAGAGUCUGGGCAUGGAGAAGGAUGACAAGGACACCAUUGAGGAGAAAUUCAGAGAGAGGCUGAAGGAUUUGGUUAUACCUGAACAUGUAAAAACCCUGAUUGAUGAAGAAAUGGCCAAGUUCAACUUCCUGGAUUAUCAUUCUGCAGAAUUUAACGUUACAAGGAAUUAUCUUGAUUGGUUAACAUCGCUACCCUGGGGAAAACACACCAAAGAAAAUCUGGACCUAACAAGGGCAAAGACUAUUCUAGAGGAAGAUCAUUAUGGGAUGGAUGAUGUGAAAAAUAGAAUACUGGAGUUCAUUGCUGUAAGCCAGCUGAAGGGUGGUACCCAAGGAAAGAUUCUGUGUUUCUACGGCCCACCAGGAGUAGGGAAAACAAGUAUAGCUAAGUCUAUAGCACGAGCAUUGAAUAGAGAGUACUUUAGGUUUAGUGUUGGAGGAAUGACGGAUGUGGCUGAAAUUAAAGGUCACAGGAGGACCUAUGUCGGGGCCAUGCCUGGAAAGAUGAUCCAGUGUCUAAAGACAACAAAGACAGAAAAUCCUUUGGUACUAAUUGAUGAGGUUGAUAAGUUAGGAAGGAGUUGGCAGGGUGACCCAUCCUCUGCUUUACUGGAACUGCUCGACCCUGAACAGAACGCCAAUUUCCUCGAUCACUAUUUAGACGUCACAGUGGAUAUGUCAAAGGUUUUGUUCAUUUGUACUGCCAAUGUAACGGACACCAUUCCAGAGCCACUCAAAGACCGGAUGGAAAUGAUUGAUGUCUCUGGCUAUGUGGCAGAAGAAAAGCUUGCCAUUGCACAGAAAUACCUGGUACCACAGACUCAGAAACAGACGGGAGUAACGGAAGAAAAAAUCAACAUCACAGAUGAUGCUAUGACAACGCUAAUAAAAUCCUAUUGUAGAGAGAGCGGUGUUCGAAACCUUCAGAAACAGAUAGAGAAGAUAUACAGGAAAGCUGCCCUGAAGAUUAUCACAGAGUCUGCUGAACACCUUGAAGUGGAUACGGAUUCUUUAAAAGAUUAUGCUGGCAAACCACUAUUUACAUCUGACAGGAUGUACGAGGUCAACCCACCUGGAGUUGUUACAGGAUUAGCAUGGACAGCUAUGGGUGGGUCGACUCUGUUUAUUGAGACUGUGCUGAAGCGGCCGCUGGACAGCCCCAGUACUGGUGACAAGCCGGAGACUGGUAGUAUAGAAGUCACUGGUAACCUUGGCAACGUGAUGAAGGAGAGCAUACAACUGGCCUACACCUUCGCCAAGUCCUUCAUGGUGACUAACCUCUCAAACAACGAAUUCCUUCAGAAAGCUCUAGUUCAUCUACAUUUACCUGAGGGUGCCGUACCGAAGGACGGUCCCAGUGCCGGAUGUACCAUUGUGACUGCUCUGUUGUCACUAGCUAUGGGGAAACCUGUCCGACACAACUUGGCCAUGACGGGCGAGAUAUCCUUGACUGGCAAAGUCUUACCAGUUGGUGGCAUCAAGGAAAAGACAAUAGCAGCUAAAAGGUCUGGGGUUACCUGUAUAAUACUGCCAGCUGAGAACAAACGUGACUACACCGACCUCCCUGACUUCAUCACCAAGGACCUUGAGGUGCAUUAUGCCAGCGAUUACAAGGAUGUGUACGAUAUAGCUUUUGGUGAACAGGAAACUGAGAGUGUGGCGACAGGAAACUGACAAUAUGGAAUCAAAAUAUUGCGUUUGUGAUAACAGGAUGUUGACUGUGUGGUGACAGGAUCCUGGCUGUGUGGAAACAAAAGAUUGUGGAUGACAGGAACCUGGCUGUGUGGAAACAAAAGAUUGUGGUGACAAGUUCCUGGCUGUGUGGUGACAUAUAAACUGAUAAUGUGGAAACAAAUGGUUUUUGGUGAUAUGAUUGGAAAGGGAACUGGUAGUGUGGGUACAGAAACCUUGUAGUGUAAAUGUUGACUAAGAGGUUAGAGAUAGGAAACUGAGAGUUUGAGGAUAGUAAUAUUAUAUUCUUUGUUACUGAUUAUCUUUAUUUGUCAUAACUGUCAAUUAUGUUGGCAGAUUUAAUUUAUUUUUCGUAAUUUGAAUGCCAUGUCGUCCCCCAUUUUGCCAGAUUUUUAUUAACUAUUGUAUUGGAAUGACCUGUAUAAUACUGCCAGCUAAUGGAAGUUACUUGUCUGUUGUUUGACAAUAUAUAUACCUUGACGUUUAAUUUCCUCAUUCAUUAAAGGAGGAAAAUAAGAGGUUAAAAGUUUCCCAUAUUACAGUAUUCCAGAUUUAUCUUGGCAACAUUUAGCGAUAAUUACCACCUUGUAAUGAGGUGUACAGCUUUUUCAUCGAUUAACCUGUGUCGUAACUAAUAUUGUCUUUAGAAAUUAAAAUAAUUUCCCUUUAAUAGAUUGCCUUGUAUGUAUUUAUUGUUGGAUGGAUGAUAAUGAUAAUAAUCAAUGGAAGUCCGACAUAGUUCAAGAAAUACAUCUAUGAAUAAAAACUUUAUUUGAUUACAUGAUAAUAAAUUCUUUUGUCAGACUCUCAUUUAAGAUCAAGGAAACAAAAUAAAGCUACAGUUAGGACUGCUACUUUUUCAUGUUUUUUUUUCUUUUUAGCUGACCUGACUUUGUUGGAAAAUCUUAUAUUCGAUUCAUCAGCUUCAGAACAUGUGAGCAAUACAGGCCCAUCAGGCCUCUUGUCAUGGCGGGAGGUUAAUCUGAGUUCCUUCCAUGUCUGUAUAGCCUUGUCCUAUGUUAUAUAUAUUUAUGUAUGUGUGAAGUUCAUUAAACUUAAAAAUAUAGUAUGUUUUUAAAAGAGAUGUGUGUAUGAUGUGUGAAUGAGACGGUGUAAUGAAUGAUAAUAAUUUGGUACAUAAAAGCUGCAGUUAUAAUCACUUAAAUCCUGCAUCACAAUUAAAACGUUGCGCUUAUUUCCUCAGUUACUGCAAAUGGAACAGCCGUUUUGACCAGGAACUGUCGCUGUUUCCAUGGCUACAAGUAUAUAAUGUCGUAACGGGCAAUCUAUGGCAUUUAUGGUCAUCACUUUACAUCAUACUUCUUUCUAGUUGGUGUAUAUUGUGUCAUGUAAAUGUGAAGAAAUGUUAAGAAAUUUAUAUUACGCAGUACUGUUAUUAAAUAUGUGCACUGUAAUAUAUGUUGUAUCAUAUUAAAGCAUUACAACUGCAGUCAUAUGUCCUAUAUAUGCACUCUAUACAAUUAUGUAAGAAUACUGUGAAUAAUUCAGAUUCUUGGCUAUAUUAAAUUGUACUCUACUGUCAGUAACUGAUAUUAACACAGGGACAUGAAUUUAUGUUGCUAUGUAGGUAGUAAUACAUAACUAGUGUCACCAGAUCAAGGUUGGUGCUUACUGUGUUGAUGAAAUUCAGGUUUUGAUUUAGAAUUUUUUGUUGAUAUAUUUGAAUAAUUUUUUCCUCUAAUGUAACCACAUUGAGUGAAUUAAAACUGUAAGCAGUAUAUAACAAAAUGUUAAAAGCAUGUAACCUGUGACUGCUUCAGUAUAUAUGUGAGUUUGUCCAGGUGUCUUGGUAUGUCGUUAUAAAGGAGUGCUUAUUAAAUGUAUAAUAAAAUGUG